AUGGAAAUCAGCUUAGAAGUCCAAAGGAUCGAGACGCUGAAAAGAAUAACAUCUACUAGAAUCAGAUACCUUCCUUCCACAGAAACUGUUUGGUUAGACGACUUUGCCUUAACCAUCCCGAUAUAUGGCUCUGGGGGAGAGAGAUACGAAUACACUGGGUCUGUCUUUUCUAAAACAGCAGAUAUAUUGGCAAAGUUUGAAAGGAAAAUGAACUUGGGGCUAGUCUGUGAGGAGGGCAUGGAGAUGCUCAAAAAUGGUGACAAGCCUAUCCUCAGGUGCCUAUACAAGGAUGGGAACGACAUAAAGAUUUGUGGAUUGAGAAGACUGAUGAUUAUUGAUCCCAGAGACUUUGCGGUAAGCACAUCCUUUACAAAGGUUAUACUGAGAGAUCAAUCAAGGCUUAACAUGCUCAGAAAGCUGAGUCUUGUGAACUGCAAGAUAAAGAAGGUUCCCGACCUCUCGACAAUGAGGUUGAAGUACCUGGAUUUGAGCCACAACAGCAUAUCUGGGGUGUUGUGUAUUCGCGGAUACUUCAACACAGUUAAUCUCUCGCACAAUAAGAUUUCUCGCGUCAUUAGGAUGAAAGCACUAAAUUUCAACGUGUCGCACAACAGAGUGACCAGAUUCUUCGAGGACUUUCGUUACCAACGCCUGAAUCUAAGCCAUAAUCCCCUAGAAUUCUGCCGUGCAGAGGCAAGAGUACUGGAUCUAUCUCGAACAAUGGUGAAGAUGCUGGAAUCGAAAAUAACAAAGAAGUUAACUAUAGAUGGAACAAAAGGAGUUAGCCUGGGAAAGUUCGAGAGCCUUGUUUUUUUGAGCAUUAAUGAUUGCGGGAUGCGGUGCUUGUCAUUUGAUGCAAAGAGGCUAAGGGUUCUGAAGGCCAGGAACAAUUUUAUAGAGGAGGUUCCUUUUUUCCCAUCUCUUGAGUAUCUAGAUAUCUCUGGAAAUCUUGUACAUACAUUACCAAACAAGGGAGUUAAGUUUCUCGAUGCAUCCAAGAACCAGAUAAUUGCCUUUGAUCUUAGUGAGUGGGGUGGAUUAGAGCAUUUAGACCUUUCCUACAACCCACUCGUGAAUCUCGAGGCUUCUAACAGGCAUGGGCUGAAAUACUUGAAUCUCAAAGGCACAAGCAUCAGGAAAGGUGCAGAAAGGAAGAAACCAAGGCGUCAUGUGCAUCAGUGCAGGGGGGAAGGAAGGGUGGUUGAAAGGUUUGUGAUUGACCCAAAGGAAGUGGAGGGAAGACUGUUUCUUAUAUCUGUGCAUGAUCCGAAAAUCGACAUUUUUGAGAUGCUUAAGGCCAUCCAGUCAGAAGUGGAUGAAACCUGUAAUCCUCAUACUUACCUGUGGAGGUUUUGCUACCUUCUUAGGAAGAUGCUUUUUUCCAGAAGUAUUAGGCCUGAGUAUGCACUAUGUAUGACAACAUCCAAGCAUGUGAUCCUCAACGGAAGAGGAGUUGGCUUUAUAUUUUCGAAUUUUGCAGAGAUUAAGAUAUUUGAUGAUCCCGAAGUUGUUGAGAUAUAUGAUAACGUCGGGAACUGGCACUUCAUUCCGGUGUUCUGUGACUUUCAAGGCAAUGUUGCAAGGCUUGAUAUACUGGACACAAUUGAGAAUAGGUUGGACUCUGUCCUGGACUUCAUAGGCCACCGGUGCGCUCUGUCUGCGACAACGGCGAUUUCCAGCACCUCUGGAUUAUGUAAAGACUUGUGCGUGGGUGUGAGGCUAAUAUCCAGGACUAGCCUUCCUUGUAAGCUAUCAUAUGAGGAUGCAAUCAAAAGUAUUUCCAAGAAAAAAAGCAAUGAAAGUUCGAUACAUGGGAGUGAGAACUACAACUUUGUGCUGAAAAGCAGCACGAGGCGGUUCUAUGGAACUCUUCUCCUCAAUCCAAACCCCAUUUUUGCAUUCUGCAGGAUUCUCCCAAGGGAUAGGAGCCACGGGUAUGUUAUUGGAAAUGUGGCAAAUAUAAUGAAGAUGAUAAGUAUUAUAUUUUCUGGGACCAGAAUAGAGUUUUUUUCAAGGAUAUGGAUUGUUGCAUUUCAUGAUAGAGUGGAGGCCUGCCUGUGGGGCCUAAAGGUCAAAGAAAUGCUAAGGUGCCUGGAGAUUGAUGUUGGUAUAGGAAUAACAUGUGGGACUUUCUACACAAGGAUAGCAGGCAGCCAUGUUAGAUUUUAUGGGCCUGUGCUUAGUAAAGCAUCACGUGUUGCGAAUCUUGGCGUUGGAGUGUUUUGCUGCCAUUGUGUAUGGACUAAGCAUUCGGGAAUUAUGUAUAUAAACCAGGGGCAGCGGUUCCUCAGAGGGUUUAAGGAGCCUCACCUAAUCUACACGCCCCAUAUAUCUGGAGAGAUAUGA